ACGGUGCAGGCUGUAAUAUCUUCCUUCGUUGUUUUCAGGACUCAUCCGGUAUAAUGAAGGUUUUGUUACUGAAAGAGCCCAAAACCGGGGACCAAGGUUCCGACCUCUACGUCGAGGAGUUGUCAUCCCAUGGACUGCAAGCAACACUAAUCCCUGUGUUAUCCUUUAAAUUUGUGUCACUGGAGCAGCUCUUUGACAAGAUUUCCCACCCAGAAAGUUAUGAGGGUCUCCUAUUCACAAGCCCCCGGGCAGUAGAAGCUGUGACAUUAUGUCUGCAGACGUCCACUAACAAAGAAGCUUGGGAGCGUUCUUUGAAAAACAAAUGGAAUUCCAAACCUGUCUAUGUAGUUGGCAAAGCUACGGCUGCCCUGGUGGAAGACCUUGGCCUGUCUUCAGAAGGUGAGACAUCUGGCAAUGCAGAAAAGCUGGCAGACUUCAUCUGCUCAAAGAGCAUGUCCUAUUCAGCACCUAUUUUGUUUCCUUGUGGCGCUCUGAAAAGGGAAGUCCUUCCCAAGAGACUUAAGGAGAUAGAUGUACCACUGGAGACUAUUACUGUUUAUCAAACGGCCCAGCAUCCCGAUAUACGACCGGCGCUGACGCGUUAUUUCACCCAGGAAGGCCUGCCAGCAAGUAUUGUGUUUUUCAGCCCAUCCGGAGUGAAGUUUUGUCUCGGUAUCAUCCAGGAACUCUCCGCUGAGAAGAUUCAUCACAUAAAGUUUUCCGCCAUUGGCCCUACCACCGCCGAUGCCAUGGUGGCAGAAGGCCUCCACGUCAGCUGUACAGCACAGAACCCCUCAGCUCAGGGCCUAGCAGAGGGUAUAAAGAGGAUUGUGCAGCAAUGAUCAAUGCUGAUGCUGUUACCAGGACUGUCUGACAA